UAUUCUAAUAUGUCCCAGUACAUCCCAGUGUGGCCCAGUAUAGCCCAGUACGGCCAGUACGACCCAGUAUGGCCCAGGACAGCCCAGUAUGGCCCAAUAUGCCCCAGUACGCCCCAAUAUGCCCCAGUACAGCCCAGUACGAUCCAGCGCCUCCCCCACAGACACCCCAGUAUAAACCAGUACGAAGCACUACAGCAGCCCAGCUGGGAACUCCCGCGCCUCCGUCGCCGGACCAGUUUGGACUGGGAGAGGGGCUGGGACCCAACUGGGAGCCCCGCGCACGUAGCGCCCGGAGACCAGUAUGGACCAGUAUGGACCAGUACGAGAUCCAACUGGGAUCGCUGCGUCAGCACGGCCGGAGCCACCCCAGCACCAACCAGUACGGACCAGUACAGCACCCAACUGGGGACUCUUCACCCGUGUGGCCUUGCGUCCUCCCAGUACGGCCCAGUAUGGACCAGUACGGACCAGUCCAACAUCUCACCUGGGAUCUCUUCAUCCGCGUGGCCUUGUGUCCUCCCAGUAUGGACCAGUACGGACCAGUAGGGCGCCCCGGCUGGGGUCUUAUUGCACAAACGGGUCCUCCCAGUACGGACCAGUACAAACCAGUCCCC